CAGAAUGCACCGGGCAGCUGUCAUGGCUGCGUACUGACUGCAGCACAUGUACGGGAAUAACACACACAUCAUCCUUUCAAUACGGUCUCUGCUAUCAUCACCAGUGGUGUACACAGGCCUAUUUCCCUCUUAACACAUAGCGAUUAAAAGACAAAUCGUUAUCCUAGAAGUGCACCAGUGCCGGCUGGAAAGGAACGAUUCAGCGACACACAUUGACUAUAGAGGGAGAGAGUAAGCGGGAGAGAGAGAAAGGUAAAGAGAGAGAGAUAAAGAGAGCGAGAGAGAGAGAGUGAGAGAAUGAGAGAGAGAGAGAUGCGGGACGUGGAGAUAGCGGUCCUGCGUGGGGUGUUAACACCCGGCGAGGAGACGGAGUGGCAGCACAACUCUUCCACCACUGCAGAAGUAGGCCCACUGCUGCGCUGUCUCCUGACGGGGGACUACGAGGGGGUACUGCGGAGCCCUGUAAUCCGAGAGCUGCUGGGGGGCGAGGCCUGUUGCCAUGGCGACAGCAUUGAAGCCCACCUGGAGAGACGGCUCCUCGCCUACCUGUCGGAUGCCCCCGAGGACAGCCAGUCGGACAGGGUGGUGGUGGUGUUUGUGCUGGCAGUGGCCUGUCUCCACCUGUUCGCACAGAGCAACUGGACCGGACCCUCACUGAGCCUCAACCUCCCCGACCUGCUGCCCCCCUCCCUGCUGGCCCCCCUAGCACAGCCCGAGGCGUUGAGUGAUGAGCUCCAGGGAAGCCUGGUUCUGGACGGGGAGGCGGUCUACAGCCUGGUCUCCAACCCCUUCCUCCUCCUCCUGGCCCGGGUCGUCCUCCUCUCCUGCUCUCCAAAGAUGGAGCAGCUCCAGCUGCUCCCUUGGUGGACCCUGCGCUACGUGAAACUCCACCAGCAGUUGCUGGACGAGCGCUCCCCACAGCUCAACAGCCUGGGCCAGAGUAGCAUGGACACAGUGCUGAAAUGCGAGUCCUUGUUCUCGGACCAGUGCUUCAGGGACCUGGCCAUCCAGUUUCACCUGGAGUGCAUGUACACCAGCCUCUUCUACUGGGAGUACCAGCAGGCCAGGGAGCACGUUGAGAAGGCCAAGGAGCUGACCGGCCUGGAGUUCAGCACCACCGGUGCCCUGGGGAAGCGAACCCAUUUCCAGCACAGUUUCCUGGCCCAGCUCAUUCUGGAGGUGAAGAGGAAAGAGGAGUUGGACGGACCUGAGUCGGAUCGCUCAGUCUGCCCGGUGCUCCCACCGACGCCUGUAUCCAGUCUGCCCAAGGACCAGGAGCUGGGCGACGACACAGUGCUGAACCAGAUCAACCUGGCCGACCCAGGCCUCCACCAGGUCCCCAGCCUCUCUGCCGAGGACCAGGCCGUCCUCCUGGGCUUCUGCACCAACUUCCAGAAGAGCAACCCAGUGCACAACCUGACUGAGGAGGAGCUGCUGGCGUUCACAUCGUGUAUCCUGUCUCAGCCCCAGUUCUGGGCGGUGGAGGUCAGCGCUCUCUGUCUGAGGACCCGUCUGGAGCGAGGCAGCUCCCGCAGGGUGGAGAGGGCCAUGAUGCAAACACAGCUGAUAGCAGACCACUUUGAGGACCCAACUUGUCCAGUAAGCGAGCGUCUGAAGAUCUUCUACUGCUGCCAGGCACCACCCCACUGGUCAAUCCAGAGCCAGCUGGCCAGCCUCCUCAUGGACCUGGGCUGCACCAGCUCAGCCCUGCUGCUGUACGAGGAGAUGCAGCUCUGGGAGGACGUGGUCAUCUGCCACGAGAAGAUGGGUAAACACGGCAAGGCGGAGGAGGUCCUGAGGAGGGAGCUGGCGAAGAAGGAGACUCCCAGCCUGUACUGCCUGCUGGGCGACGUGCUGCGGGACCACCAGUACUACGACAGGGCCUGGGAGCUGUCCGGGCAGCGCAGCGCCCGCGCCAUGCGCUCCAAGGCCCUGCUGCACCUGCGCAACAAGGAGUUCCAGCAGUGUGUGGACUGCUUCGAGCACUCCCUCCGCGUCAACGCCAUGCAGCUGGGUGUGUGGUUCUCUCUGGGCUGUGCCUACUUUGCUCUGGAGGGCUACGCGGGAGCCGCCCGCGCCUUCAAGAGGUGUGUCAACCUGGAGCCAGAUAAUGCAGAGGCAUGGAACAACCUCUCCACAGCCUACAUCCGUCUAAAACAAAAGCCGCAGGCGUUCCGUACGCUCCAGGAAGCUUUGAAGUGUAACUACGAGCACUGGCAGAUCUGGGAGAACUUCCUCACGGUGUGCAUCGACGUGGGAGAGUUCUCCGAGGCCAUCAAGGCCUACCACCACCUCAUGGAGCUCCGGGAGAAGUACAAGGACGUGGAGAUCCUGCAGAUCCUGGUGCGCGCCGUGGUGGAGGAUCUGCCCGACAACCAGGACCAGAAGGCGGGGAAGCUGCGCUCCAAGCUGCAGGAGCUCCUGGGCCGGGUCACCGCCCGCCACAGCUCAGACGGCGAGCUCUGGCGCCAGUAUGCCUUGCUCUACGGUAAUGGGCAGAGCACCAACCAGGAGGACAACGAGAAGGCUCUUCGGUUCCUGGUGAAGGCACAUCACUGUCAGAUGCAGAAUAGCGGAUGGGAGAAGGAGACCGGCUCCUUUAAGGAGACAAUUACCAGAGCUGUAGACGUAGGAAAUGUCACCCUCAGCUGCAGCCAGAAGAAGACCAAUCCCCAGGAAGCACUCCAAAUGUUGUCCUCUGCGCGUCUCAGUCUGAAGAGCCUGGCCACCAAAGCCAAGCAAAUGCACACUGACGUUGCUACGGGCGACAUCCACAUUGACUUGACUGAUAGCGUUGGAGAGUUGGAGCGGGUAAUCACAGAGCUGCAGGAUAUUAGUGCCACGCUGCGCGGCCAGUCAGAAUGAUCCCUGGAUGGCGGCGGCAAACUACAUAAUUGUGGUGGUCAGAAUUAUGAAUCUGUAAUUAUUCAUUGAAAUUUGUAUUUUUUUAUAUUGUGUGUAAGAUUCAUAAAGCCUUACAACACUGUCACAAUGUCUUACCUAUAAAUACAACACAAAAAAACUUUUGUCUUAUUUGUGUCUUUCAUGUUUAAUGAGAAAAACAUUUCUGGACUGACUCUUUUACUCAAAAUCGUAACACUAUUGACGGUUUCAAGUUGUGUUUAUUUACUUAGUCCUUUAUCUCCACCAAGGACAAAACCAACAAGAGAAAUGACGGACACGGUACAUGAUUCAAUCAUGACAUAUGGCCACAUAAAUCAUUUAAAAUGCUGCUUCUGUAAUUGGAAAGCAGAAAAACCCUAAACAAUAACCUAGGCUGCAGAUCAAUGCUCUCUCUCCAUCAUCAAUGAAUAUUAAAGUGUUUGGGAAUUUAACAUGUGUGAAGUAAGCAAAUCAGCCGUCUGGAAAUCCACGCUACACCAGCUGGAAAUCAUUGUAUACAUUCUAAAUAUGUAUAGCCUACAGGCAGCUAUACUAAUAUCAUCUUUGUGACGGUAUUUUUAUAUACAAGUGGAAUUUAUAUAAUAAAUAACUUCUUAAUGCCCUUUAAAUAUACAUUCUUAUGGGCAUUGUGCCCUUUAUGGACAGAUAAGUGGGUUGUGGCGAAGGAAGGACUUGAGGCGCUUCAGACCGUAAGCUAUAAUCCAACUACCAGACCUGGUCCGAAACACUCCCAUGAUGGCUUAAACACACACACACACACACACACGCCACCGGCCCUGUGUCUAGGCGAUUAUGACCUUGAAGUAGUUUAUGGCCUUAUGUCUCUCUUGAUUUAUUUUCACAUUGCUCUUCGUUUUAACCGGAACGGUAACAAUGUGUUAUUUCUGUUUUUCUAUGUCAUAGCAAAUGCUUCCCCUUGGUUGCUUAUUAAAAACACCCUUAUACUCAUUAAUGUUGGGUAAGGUAAAAUGCUUUUACAGCCUUAUGAUUGUUCGAGGAUGUCUCUUAAGUCGACCAGCGUGAAUAACUGAAAUUAAUUUCCUUGAUAACACAGAUUAAUUAUAAUAGAGUGGAUCAUUAGAGUGUGUGUC